AUGAAGUUUUCAUCCAACGUUACAUCAUCUAGAAGAAAACAGAGGAAGGCAUAUUUUUGUGCACCUUCUUCUAAACGUAGAAUUAUUAUGACGUCUCAGCUUUCAAAAGAACUAAGGCAAAAACAUGGCGUCCGGUCACUACCUAUUCGAAUUAGUGACGAAGUUUUUGUCACUCGUGGAAGCUACAAAGGAAGAGAAGGGAAAGUAACACAAGUCUAUAGGAAGAAAUAUGUUAUACAUAUUGAACGGGUUACUAGAGAUAAGGCUAAUGGUGCAACUGUACCAGUUGGCAUUGAUGCAAGUAAAGUAGUUAUUACAAAAUUAAAAAUGGAUAAAGAUCGGGAAAAAAUAAUUCUGAGGAAAGGAGGAAAUAAAUAA